AUGACAGACCCAUUGAAAUCAUACGACGUCGCCGGUCGGCCCCAACCCACUGCGUUGUCGCAAAAAGUGUACAACAUCGCCGGCAUCUCAGUCACGGUGUACGGUCUCGACGAGCUCCGUUCACAAACCAGCAGUGUUGCCUGCUUAUGGCUUCUCCACCCGCGUCUUGCUACCCAGGCGCGCAUGACUGGGAUAGCAGAGGCCACGAUCCAUGAUUGGAAUAGCAAGAUCCAGACCCCAGCGGCGGCAAAGGGACUCAUCGCGGUGUCGUUUGAUCAGCGCAAUCAUGGUGCGAGAAUGGUGGAUCCAUUGGCGAAUGAGGCGUGGAGGCAGGGGAAUCCUCGACACGCGCAGGAUAUGUUUGCUAUUUUCCAGGGCACUGCACGUGAUACCUCCCUGCUCAUGGACUACCUUGCCGCCUUUAUCUUUCCCAACGGCGAACACCAGAUCACCGAGAAUCUAGUACUAGGCGUGUCCCUGGGCGGACACGCUGCCUGGAGCUGUCUUCUUCAUGAACCCCGUGUGAGUGCGGGCGUCGUCAUCAUCGGAUGUCCCGAUUAUCUCAAUCUCAUGGUCGACCGAGCCCGAUUAUCCAAACUACCAUCAUGGACAAAGAGCGACCCUCCCGGCGCGGAGAUCCUCGGCUCCGAAGCCUUCCCGACACCCUUUGUAGACAUUGUUAAGCGCUACGACCCUGCCAGCUUGAUGCUGACCUGCAUGGACGGGACUUCUACGGGUCUCCCGCGUGAGGGUGGAAAAGCCUUACCUGAGCCGACAGAAGAGCAGAAGAAGGAGUUGAAACCGCUGUUGACGCGCUUGUUGACUGGAAAACGCAUCUUGAACCUGUCCGGUGGUAUUGAUAAGCUGGUCCCUUAUCAUCGAGGAGAAGCUUUCUUGACUUGGUUCAAGAAGGCGGUUGCUGCUGAUGGGUGGUUUGGUGAUGGCGGUGUGACAUUUGAGGAUAUCAUUGAUGAGUCUGCGGGUCAUGAGGUUACGCCGAAGAUGGUUGAUGAGGCGGUUCGAUUUGUGAGUGAGACGCUGGCCUCGAGUUCGGGGAGUAAAAACCGUCGAGGUUCGGUGCGGGAGUCGAAGAUUUGA